UGUGUGAGAGUGAGUGAGUGUGUGGGAUACAGUUGGUGUGUGUGUAUUUGAAGGUGGGCACAGCGCCUCCAGUUGGGAAGAGGCAUAUUAACCCUUUGCCUGACCGGUGGCUGUAAUUGCCUCCUCCCUCCCUCCCUCCUUCCUUUCUUCUUCUUCUUCUACCUCCUCUACCUCCGCCUCCUCUUUCUCCCUUCUGCCACCCUCUCUGCCCCACCGCUGGAAGGUCCAUGUGCUGCCAGCUGGGCUGAGUUCCUCCCUCUCCAGUGACAGGUGCCCAGCCGUCUUCAGUGGCAGAGGCUGGGAUGUGGAACAGCCGAUCCCGGAGCCCGACUCUGCCUCCCCGCCUACUAACCCGGCUCGGCUCGGCAACCCAACAGGAGCAAGUCAAUGGAGCAGGAUUACAUUCACAUGUAUAAUGCUUCCUUGCGUGGCUGCGGCUUAGGAUACGCGCCCAUCGUUUAUUACAGUCUCCUGCUGUGCUUGGGGCUCCCGGCUAACAUUUUGACGGUAAUCAUUCUGUCGCAGCUGGUGGCUCGGCGUCAAAAGUCCUCCUAUAACUACCUUUUAGCUCUCGCGGUGGCUGACUUGCUAGUCCUUUUCUUUAUCGUCUUUGUUGACUUCUUGUUGGAAGAUUUCAUCUUGAAGGAGAAGAUGCCUGAAGUCCUGGACAAAAUUAUCGAGGUGUUAGAGUUCUCCUCCAUCCAUACUUCCAUCUGGAUUACUGUCCCUCUCACGAUUGACCGGUACAUCGCCGUCUGUCAUCCCCUCAAAUACCACAUGGUUUCCUAUCCCGCUCGCACCCGCAAAGUCAUUGUGAGUGUUUAUAUUAUUUGCUUCCUAACCAGCAUCCCAUACUACUGGUGGCCGAACAUCUGGAAGGAAGACUACACAAGUACGCUUGUUCACCACAUCCUCAUCUGGAUCCACUGCUUCACCAUCUAUCUGGUCCCUUGCUCCAUCUUCUUCAUCUUGAACUCCAUCAUCGUCUACAAGCUUCGGCAGAAGUGCAACUUCCGGCUGCGAGGCUAUUCCACCGGGAAAACCACCGCCAUCUUGUUUACCAUCACCUCCAUUUUCGCCGUCCUCUGGGCCCCGAGGAUUAUCAUGAUCCUUUACCACCUUUACGUCUCUCCCAUCAACAACAGCUGGUCCAUCCACAUCGUCUCCGACGUGGCCAACAUGCUGGCAUUGCUCAACACCGCCAUCAACUUCUUCCUGUACUGUUUCAUCAGCAAGCGGUUCCGCACAAUGGCGGCCGUAACGCUGAAGGCCUUCUUCCGGUGUCAGAAGCAACCCAUCCAGUUCUAUACAAACCAUAACUUUUCAAUAACUAGCAGCCCAUGGAUAUCCCCAGCCAACUCCCACUGCAUCAAAAUGCUUGUCUACCAAUAUGAUAAAAACGGGAAGCCUAUGAAGAUCUCUCCAUGAAAGAUCCAUGAUGGAUAAUCCACUUCUUUUUAAGCUGUUCCAACGAUGACAUGGAAGAGCCGGGGAUGAUAAUCGCUUGCAAAUAGCAGCCAUUGGAUUUUGUUCCUCUCCGAGCAUCAGAAGAUAAACGGGCUACAAUCGUUGAUAGGCGUCUUUGGACACCUCCAGGAGAACAAAGGAGAGGCAGAAAGCUUCACGGCUUCAUCUCUUGCAAGGCUUUAAUCAAUAGUCUUGGAUCGAAAGAUCUACGGGCCUUGAGAGAUGGCUGUUGUCUUGCGUAAGACUUGGGUGAAAAGCAUACGGUGCAACUUUCAAUUAAACCUUGCUCGAUCACCCUAACCAAACGCUUCAGAAGAUGUAGAAAUCUGAAUCUUUAUAUAUUUCAUAAGACCCUGAUGGAAACUUUGACAGAUUCGAAGUUGUUGCUUGCUCCCUUUUCCAGUUUCGGUUGGGUUAUUUUCAUCGUGGCAUGAAAUCUUAUUACUUGGAUGCUUGGACACUACAUAAAGGAAGUUAGCCAUAUUUAGAAUAUUUGUAUGGUGCAUAGGCUAAUUUUUGGAGGUUUCAUUGGAAGAACUAUCCAUACUUAGAAGGAUGGAGAUCACUUUCUCCUUUGCUUGGUUUCUUUUUUUUAGAGGAAAACCUCUAGAGUGGACGGUUUGAACACUGAGUAAACACGAGAGCCAUCCUCAGAAUAUUUGUAUGGUGCAUAAACGGAUUGUUGCAACGGAAGAAGGGUUAAUGCCUAGAAGGAAUCCCUUUCUUAACACUAGCAUGUUAUACAACGUGAAAACUCUUCAGUCUUACCUAUUUACAUUCUGAGCAAUGUCCAAAAUAAGAUUUAAAAACAAAAGGAAUUUUCCUGAGCAGAGAAAAAGAACAAUCGCAUUUGGUAUUUGAUACACAUUUUUGUUUUGCUUGGCUUUUUAAAACAAGCUAUCAAUCUCUAGUCCUGUUGGGCAUUUUCUUCCUUUUAAGGCACCCAUGUCAUUGGUGAUGGACUCCAUGAAGUUUUUGAGAGCUAGUCAAAGUUUUCAAGGAUGAGUUAGAGGUAGUCUGCAUACAUUGGGAAAGGCCAAGAAUGUAUACACAAUGGAAUACAAUGUGUGUCCGUGUGCGUGCGUGAAUUCAAAUAUUUAACUAUUCACCUUCAUAAACACAGGAGCGCCAACAAAAAUUCGGUUUAUGGAAAUGGCUUUUAGGGUCCUUUUAGUUUUCCAUUGACUGAGAUUCUGUUAAUUGGAUUAAAGACUUCCAACUAUCGUAAGAAGUGUUGGCAAAGAUCACACGGUGUGGGAUGAGCUGAAGAAAGUACAAACCCCAAAGUUAUUGAAUAUUUGUAAAAAUGCAGAGAACAUAUGUGCCGUGUCCCUUGUCUCUUGUCCCUGAAGAAUUAUUUUGGACUGUUAACGUCUGCCUUAGAAAACAUGAAAACUAAUAUUUGGGAUGACAUGCACUACCUCAUAUGGUGUAACCUUGAGGGGAACAGUGAUUGCUCGGUGUAUCACUUUAGUGCAUGCUUCCAAUCAAGUUAUUUAUUACCAGCCCAGAUCUGCCAUCUGCAACUUUUAGGAAUAGUGCGGAUAGUCCUUGACUUAUGACCACAAUUAGGAGCAGAAUUCCCAUCGCUAAGCAAGUUGGUUAAGUGAGUCAUGCUCAAUUUUAUGAUUUUGUUUUAGGGCAGCGGCUUCUAACCUUUUGGGCACCGGUUCUGUGGAGAAAGGCUUUUUCACGGACCGGAGGGAGCCACGGAUGGGGCUUUGCUUGUUUGCCUGGCAGGGCUUCUGGCAUGCCGUGGACCAGUGCCAAUCUGCAGACUGGGGGUUGGGGACCCCUGUUUUAUGGCAAUUAAGAAAUUCAGUAUCUAAGAAAUUAAGUAAUAUAAGAGCACCUUUCUAGAAAGAAUGAUGUCCAUUUGAACAGGAAGGGACAUUAUUUGUUCCGAUAACUCUGACUUCUAUAGGUAUAGCACUGUAAAAACAGAGAGUUGGAAAACCAGCCAACCAAUCCCAAGGCAGAAACUCUCAGCUCUGUAAAAUUCUGUCAGAGUUUGUUGGAAAAAAUCAAAUCCAGAAAGCACGCACAGGCAGACUGAUGCAGCAGGAUUCAUUAACUUCUUUAUAUACAUAAUAACAUAUGAAGUAAAUUUACAACACCAACAGCCGAUUUCUUCCAACGUGGUAACGGUUACAAGCAAAACACAGAGUAGGGCAGACUAGUUUCAGUUUCAAUUCUGCAGACAGACAAAUCCAGACUGGUUUAGCUUCUGCACAGACUCAGAUCUGAGCCACGCCCAGCCUUCUUGCUUAAGUUUCUGUUUCUAAAACAGUCCUCAUUGGCUGACCCAGUUGCUAUGCCUAUUCAUUGACUGACCUUGUUACCAUGUCUUCCCAUUACAGCCAGUCCCCAAUGGCUGACCUGUUGCCAUGUCUAUCCCAGUUCAUGAAUAUUCUGACAAAUUCUCCAAUAAUGGAGCCUCCCAUGUCUCCCAAGGCAUGGGAGGUUACUAAGCGUUGGAGAGAUACAGAAAGUCGGCUAUUGAUCCCAGUUAAUUAGAGGAUUUUGAGAAGCCUCCCAUUUGGCUUCUACAAGCACCUGUGAUCAUGCCAGGAUGUAUGCUUGUGUGUAUGCAGCUGUUUAGGUAUAGGCAUGUGUCACAUAGCACGAUUCAUCUCCAAUUGUUCCCCCAUCUACAGUAGAAACACACACAUGCACACACACAUGCCAGCAUGAGAUGGUUUCUUAACAUUACCGCGUGCUUUUUUCUUUUUCUUCUUCAAAUAAAGCACCCUUGGUUCCUUUGCCCUGAAAAAUCUCAUUAAAAAGAAGAAAUCUAAGCAUGAGAAAAAAAAAUGUUUCUUUUCUUUUUCCUCUACUGGUUUAGCUUCAUAAAGGGGAAGUUGCAUGGAAUGAUGACACCCUUCCUGUUGUCUUUUUUUUUUUUUUUUUUAACAAGGCUGCUUUGAAAAGAAAACCUUUUCAUGGUGCACAAUUGAAUAAAAUGAGCAACCCGGAGGCAUAAUCUUUUUUUUUUUCCCUGUAAAAUUGUCACUUUUGUUGG